AUGUCAAGCAGCUCGUCCAGUGACUUCUCGGACGACGACACGGAGGCGCCCACGCUGCAUGCGGCGCCUCCGUCCGCACUCCAUCUCGACCACAUGGUGGAGCUGGCGCAGAUUUGCUCGUUCUGUACCACGUUCCGCACGCCGCUGCGUCUCCCGAGUUUUUCGCGAACGGAGCUCCAAGAAGCGUUGCUGAGUGCCUCGAGCGGCGACAUACAACAUGUAGAACUGUUGGCUGAGUUGCACUUCAAGUUGGCGCGUGAACACCCGACGGCCAAAAUGGAGAAAAUGGUGCAAGACUGGGAAAAGACGUUGGCUCGAAAAUUGCAGGAUAACUGGCGCAAAGCUUUUACGACGAAUCCCAUGCGUGGCGGCGUAACGUACCGAGAUUUGACAGUAUUGGAUCGGGUGAAAAUUCUGGAUGCGUUAUGCCAGUGGAAAUUGGACACAUGUGGUGAGAUUCAGAAGCACAUCGCAUUACUACUGAAAGAUAACGACGACGAGGCGAUAACGAGUUUGCGAGCAGGGGAGAUAGGAACGGACGAUAAGGGUGUAUCGUAUUGGUACUUCGGUGACGAAAGCUGGGUGUAUGCUGAAGAUAAACCACGCUGGCAGCUUGAAGACCGAAAGCCGUCGUAUCUCGUGGAGUUUGCUAGCGCCAAGCGAAUUCGGUUGUCCAUUAAUUUUGAUCCGGACGGUAACGCGUCGGCUCUACCUCUUCGCUUACCACAGAAAGCGAUAUCCGCCUCCGACAAAAUCGAUCGAGACGAGAAGGCAAUCAGGGGGAUGUCUUCCGAUGACGUAAACGACGAAAAAAAGCUGGUUCUCGAAUCGGCAACUAUGAAUGGCGACGUUGUGCCUUCUGGGGCAGUGAAGUCGAAGACUGAACCGCUGACUGAUGGAGUGGUAAAGUCUGAGAAAGACGCGGUACUGCCGGUGUCUGUUAAAGCUGCUGGUUUAGUAGCAGAGGAAGAUAUUUCUGUUGUCAAAGGCGAAUCCUCGAUAAUUGCUGAGACAGGAAGUUACGGGGGAAUGGGUAAUGGUGAGUUGACUAAGGCAAGUGAGGCUGUAGACGGAAAGUGUGACGUUUCCGUUCCCGGCUUGCUCCUGCCUGUGCCUUUGGAAGAUGGUGGAAGCUUGAUUAAGUUAAGAGAUGGGGGAAAACCUACUUGCGCCCAAUCCACCAUAGCCGACGAUUUAGCAUUACAUAUUCAGUCGACGCAACUUCUGGCUAAAGUGCCAAACUGCAGCGCAACUAUCCCGAGCGACUAUGGCAAGAAAGACACGACUGUGAACGAGGAAAGCAGCGUUUUCGAAGGCUCAGGAAAGACUCUUCUAGCGAAGGCAAAUGGCGACAGACCGGGCGGUCUCUCCCGUACAAGCAUUGUGCCCAUUUUGAUCGGUAAAAAGCGUACGAUUGUUGAUGAUGACAGCAGCGAUAUCGACGCAGAAGCUGCAAGCAAUGCAAAGGCAGCUUACAAGGCGUCACAGUCUCCGAUAUUGCGGAAAAAGCGUAAAGCUAGCGCUGAGUUUGCUCACAGUGCAGCAUGUACGGACGCUGUAAAGACUGAGAGCGGAUCGAUGAUGUUGCGGGGUGAGCAAGGCAAUGGAACGGUUAUUCUUCAUGCUCAAGGGGUCAUAGCUGCGGUGACGCCGGAUACGAAACAGGUGAUCGCACCAGCGCCUGCUCCUGACCUCGUCGCAAGUAUCGCAAUGGAACGGAAGGAAACAGAAAUGCCGAAAGCUGACGUUAAGUCAUCGUCACGCAUUGCAAUUGGAAGAAUGAAGAGCCAAUCCGCCGAUGACUCGGAUGCGAAGGAUGGGUAUUCUGACGACGAUUUUGAAGCUCGACGCCCCGGGUUGCGGUCAAGAAGACCGCAUUUGACAUCAGAUGGAGACGGCAAGCAAAAUCAAGAUCGAGCAUGGAGGGCACGACGACGGCGUCGACCUUUUGAUGAUGAUGAUAUGGAUCUCGAUAUAAAAGAGAAUGAGCCGGGUAGCAGCGAUACUGGACAUUGGGUGGACUGGUCCGUGCUGAAGCGACCUCAGGGCGACUUUUGCCGCCUUUCGGCCGUUUGCCUUGCACUCGUUAACAGGCUGUUGAAGGAAGAAGCUUCGGAAAUGUUUUCUCGACCAGUGGAUCCGGAGCUUGAUGGCUGUCCGAAUUACUUGUCCGUGAUUGACCAUCCGAUGGAUCUCGGUACGAUUCGAUCGCGCGCGAAAGCCAAGUUCUACCGGAACUGGGGUUUAUUUAAGAAGGACAUCGCAUUGGUAUGGCAAAACUGCCGUACAUACAAUGCUGCCGACACAAUGGUCGUGCAGUUUGCCGCCUUGCUCGAAAAGUUGUCGCGCUCUAUGUGCAUUGCUGCAGAGAAGAAAGGAGUGGAUCGAUUGAGCGGCAAAGGAAAUGAAGGGGGUGACGGAGGUGAAGACGAUAGUGAGACAAACACUUUGAGCGACUCGAGUAAGAUUGAAUCCCGUGGCAGUGUCAACAAAGCAUGGACCGACAGCAGUGCAUCAGAAAGCCGUGAUUCCAGCCAAGAUGACGCAUCGACUGAUGACAGUGAUGCACAGGGUCACAAGCGAAGACUAACACGUACGUUGAUCAAGAAGUCGAAAACCCGAGCGCGAUCUACAAGGUCGCAUGGUGUUACCCGCCAGACUAGGCGGAGCACACGAAGCCGUUCAACCAAGAAGCGCUCUGCACCUGCUUCAAGCAGCGAGGAGUCCUUUUCCGACAAAGACACCGUGUUUUCUCCAGUGCGAAAGAGUCGACGUCAGCUUCGGAGAUCAUCCUCCAAGUCAAAUUGUAUCGUGGACGCUCCGACCGAAAACAACGACUUCAGCGACGAUGACGGUGCAACGUGCCAGCCCGUACCGCCACAAAAGCAAACCCCGACGUCUUCCUCGCUGCCUCCUUUACCGCAAACGGUACAGAAGCGCCCCAAGCCUCGACUUGUCAUAAGCGAUACUUCCAACUCUGACGACAGCUCCAGCAGCAGUGAUGAUAGCUCGUCUACCUCGUCAAGCUCCGAUUCAGAUGACUCGGACAGCGACGCACGGUCGCUGAACAACCGUCCUCAGCCACCUCCGCCGUCUGCAGUCGAUGCUUCUGCUCCACCGCCACCGUCGACUCCUCCGCCUGCUGCUGUGCCACAUGACAAAAACUUGCCCAAGCGGUCGUCGCCGAUUCAUGCUCCCAAGUUGAAAGCGAGCGAAGCGAAGAAGAUGAAGACGACGCCUAUAGCGGAGGCUGGCUACAUGCACUCCCCGCCAUUGUUAAAUUCGUACCUCUCGCCGUCUUCGUCUUCGUCGUCCGACUUUUCUUCUGGUGGCAGCGAUUCGAGUGAUGGGGACAGCGAUAGCGACUGA